UCAAAAAGCUUCAAACCAAACCAUAUUUUUGAUCACCACCAUCCCUCCCGCGUGAAGCUCUGCAAACAUCUAACCUAACCAUAUUUUCAAUCACCACCAUCCCUCCCACGUGAAGCUCUGCGAACAUCUCGUUCUCCUGCUCCUCUGCUGUGCCUCUGCAAAGGGUCGCCUCUCUCUUGCUCUCCCUCUCUUCCCAUCUGCAAAACUCGUGAGCUCUGGACCAGGCAAAGCUCUGCGAACGUCUCUCUCUCCUGCUCUCUCGCUCGCCCUCUCUUUGCCCUCUGUAAAGCUUCUGGACUAGGCAUAUUUCUUCUGCAGCAAACAAACGGAACGCUCACUAGAAACUCCAAACGAAGCUAAGUCCAGGUGUAAUGUGUGAGUUCGAAGUUAGAAGAUCAGACUUCCCACCGCACUUUGCUUUUUUGGGUAUUGGAAGUCGUUCGAAGAGUUUGAGAGGUGGAAAAAGAUGAACAGUGGGUACUUCCAAGAGCGUUUGAGAACCCUUUUAGCUACUAAGCGCUGGAACUACUGUGUGUAUUGGAAACCCAGCAACGACCAGAGGAAUAUUGAAUGGGUGGGGUGUUGCUGCGGGGGAGCUACUGAAAAUGGAGAUAGUGAGAAUGGUUUGGUGGGGUCUUUUGCAUCUAAAUUUUAUUGCAGGGAUACAGUUUUACCCCACCCACCCACCCAGUCCUGCCACCUUCUCUUGGCGUCGCCUACCUCCAUCCCUUUGGACUCUGCUGCUGCUGGGGUUUAUGCACAGGUGCUUUUGUCCGGGCAGGCCAGAUGGAUUAAUACUAAUACGCAACCCACCCACCUAACGGAUUGCAGUGAAGUGGGGGCUAAUACAAAUAAUAAUAAUACAAGGGCAUUCAUUCCGGUUCCUGGAGGAGGCCUUGUGGAGCUGUUUGCUUUUGAUAAUGUAUCAGAGGAUCGUGAGGUGAUUGAGUUUGUUAUGGAGGAGCAGUGGCCUGCAAAUUGCCCCCCUGAACACCCUCUCCAUCAGGAAUCUUGGCAGCAGCAGAGGCAGGAAGCGAUGAUGAUAUCUUCUUCUUCAUCUUCCGCCAUAAAGGAAAUACCUUUCCAUUUCUCAUCGGAAAACUUAGUCGGAAACUACCAAAGUUUCGAGCCCCAAUCCCCCACAGACCUACAGGAAGAUUACGAAAGAAGAUACUACUACCACCACCACCAAAUGCUCGACAACAGGCAAAAGGACUUCCAUCACCACCCCCCAUGGACUGGUGUCCCUUCUCCUUCGGAUUGGGGGUCGUAUGGCCAACAGCAGCUGAGGAACAACAACGUUCUCUUUGAUGGCUCUGCCGACUCCUUGCUCUCAGAUGACAUGAUGAAGCCUCCAAUCUCCUUCCCCAAUCUUAAAUCGACAUCAUCCUCAUCACAGGUGAAGCAGGAGGGUGAGCAGGAGGGUGAGCAGAGGGGUGACUCCAUCUCUGACUGCAGCGAGGAUGACGACGAACAAAAGGCAAGGUCUGGAAGGAAACAUCAGUCUAAGAACCUGGUGGCUGAGAGGAAGAGAAGGAAGAAGCUCAGUGAAAGGCUCUAUGCCCUCCGCUCCCUCGUGCCCAAGAUCACCAAGAUGGACAGGGCAUCCAUCUUGGGUGAUGCCAUAGAGUAUGUAAAGGAGCUGCAAAUGCUAGUGAAGGCACUGCAGGAGGAGCUGGAGGAGACAACUGAGGAAGAGCGGCAGCAGCAGCAACAGCAAGGGAACGGAGGCGAUGGUGGUGCUCCUCCGGCUACGACCCCUUCCUCUGAUUGCAACAACCAUGGCGGCUUUAGCGUCAUGGAGGAGCGGGUUGAGGAAUCCUCAUCCUCUAAUCACCUGCUGCAUAUCCCCAACAUCAACAAUGACUGUUCCGAUGACAAGGCUCAGCAGCAGCAAAUGGAGGUUCAGGUUGAGGUGAGCCAAGUAGGCGCCCAUGAGUUCAACCUGAAGAUAUUUUGCGAGAAAAGCAGUGGUGGUUUUGCGAGGCUAAUGCAGGCCAUGGAUGCCUUGGGCCUCGAAGUAAUCCAUGUUAAUAUCACUACUUACAUGAGCCUCGUUCUUAAUGUCUUCAAAGUCGAGGUAUGUCUUAGAAAGGACACUACUUACAUGAGCCUCGUUCUUAAUGUCUUCAAGGUCGAGAUGAGGGAUAACGAAGCUAUACAGGCAGAGCAUGUGAGGGAUUCACUUCUGGAGCUCACCCGCAAUCCCAAUGGCUGGCCUUCCCCUGUACCGAAAUUGCAGCAUGUCCACUUGCGGGAGCUUCCGCCACCAAUCGGCGCCGCCAACUUCUCCAGCAUCCAUAUUUGAUACGGUUGUUUCAUAUACAAUGUUUUGAAUAUUUUUAGUCUAAGAUUUUUUGUCUUUUCUGAAAUUAACCAUAUCAAGCAGUUUUAAAUCACUCACUUUGUCUGAAUUAUGAACUUAAUUUGUUUAAACUGCAUCAUCCUAUUGUGGGGUUUGAAUUGUUUAAUGGUAGCUUAUUGCUAAUGGUAUUCGA